CACGGCUCCCUCCCACGACACCCCGUCUCCAAUUGCGUCCUGACGAUGGCGGCUACACGCUCUCUACUGCGCCUUGGGAGCAGCCGCUCCCUGGGAUCGGCUUCCAGGCCGGCGGUAUGCGUCCGCGCCUUCUCCUCGACCCGUUUCCAGCGAGUUGCUGAGGAGGAUCCUGUCCCCAAUAUGAGAAAUGCUACUCGUCCUCCCCAGGGAGAGCUCCGAGCCCCCCUAAUCAACCCAGCCGACAAGUAUCACGACAAGGCAGACGGCUUGCACAAAUAUGGCCAAUAUGUCAUGUCCUGCUUGCCCAAAUAUGUACAGCAGUUCUCCGUGUGGAAAGACGAGUUGACUAUUUUUGUCGCGCCAUCGGGUCUCCUGCCGCUCAUGACCUUCCUUAAAUACCACACUGCCGCCGAAUACACUCAAAUUUCCGACAUCACGGCCGUCGACUACCCAACCCGGGACCAGCGAUUUGAGGUUGUGUACAACAUGCUUAGUGUCCGACACAACUCUCGCAUUCGCGUCAAGACAUAUGCCGAUGAGGCUCAACCCGUUCCCAGUGUGACCGGUCUCUUUGAAGGUGCUAUGUGGUAUGAGCGCGAAGUCUACGACAUGUUUGGCGUCUUCUUUACCGGUCACCCCGAUCUUCGUCGUAUCAUGACCGAUUACGGAUUCGAUGGUCAUCCUCUGCGCAAAGAUUUCCCUUUGACUGGUUACACCGAGGUUCGCUACGAUGAGGAGAAGAAGCGCAUUGUGUAUGAGCCUCUCGAACUUACUCAGGCUUUCCGCAACUUCGAGGGAGGUUCUGCCAGCUGGGAGCAGGUUGGAAGCGGUACUGAUCGCAAACCGGACUCGUUCAAACUACCUACCCCCAAGCCGGAAGAGAAACCAGAAGAAAAGAAAUAAACCCCAAAAUUAUGUAACCCUAGACUUCCGAAUACUUUCCUAUGUUAUGUCCUAGCUGUAUAUAAAGACCUGCGAAACUACAAUGGGAUAAUUCCUCCAGAGGGAAAUAAAAUUUCUAUUGUUUCAACAAGCAUAGCG